CCAAUAGUCAGUGGAGAAGACCAUGGAGCGUUUAAAGGAGAUGAAGAGGACUGAUCUGGCUCAGAGGCUGUCAGACUGCAGCUCACUGCCUAGAAAGAAACACUCUGUGGAUGAUCGACGCUCUGCACUGAUCCACACAGUGGCAACAAUGGCAGCUGUUAAACAUCUGCUUUUAGGAACUCUGAAUGAUUUGAGCAACGAGGAGUUCAAGAAAUUUCAGAGGUUCCUACAGAUGAUUUUUCCUCAGAAGAAUCUAUCAUAUUCCUUAUUGAGGUUGGAAUCAUCAGACAGAGCAGAGUUUGUGGAUCUGAUGGUGGAUGAACUUGGUCAGCGGUCUGUGGAGGUGACCAGGAAGGUUUUCUUGUACAUGAAGAGGACUGAUCUGAUACAGAAGUUAUCAGAGGGCAGCUCAGGAUCCAGAGAGAAACUCUCUGUGGAUGAAGAUGAAGCUGCACUGUUGAAGAGAGAAGAAGAGCUGGAAGCUGUGAGACAGAUUCUCUUUGAAACACUGAAGGAUUUGAGAUUUGAGGAUCUCAACAAAUUCAGGCUGUUUCUGAAGUUCACGUGCUUCAAGAUGGGCCUGCCACAAAUACAGACACAUAGAAACACGGCAGAAGAACUAGUGAAUCAGAUGGUGGAUGAACUUGGUCAUCAGUCUGUGGAGGUGAUCAUGGAGGUUUUAACAGACUUGAAGAGAACUGAUCUGGUGCAGAGGCUGUCAGAGAGCAGCUCAGGACUCAAAGAGAAACACUCUGUGGAUGAACAUCUGUCUGUACAGAUGCAGACAGCAUUAACCAUCCAAUCAGACAGAGAGAAGCUUUUGGGAAUGUUGGAUGAUUUCAGACAGAACGAGCUGGAAAAUUUCAAGGGGUUCCUGGGGAGCAGCGACGCUAUGAUGGGGCUGUGUAUCCCAAAGGGCCGACUGGAGGAGGUCCCCACCUAUAACCUGGUGGAUCUGAUGCUGCAGACGUACACAGAAAAGUCUGUGGAGGUGACCAAGAACAUCUUUAAGAAGAUUAACAGGAAUGAUCUGGUGCAGAGGCUGUCAGAGAGCAGCUCAGGACUCAAAGGACGAGAAACUGGAGGAAGUUCAGAGUCUGAGGAUUGUGGAAGUGUGAUGCAGGACUCCAGUGACUGGACUAAACUUGAACCUGAGGUGAACGGUACAGAUGCAGACGAGGCUCCAACUUACAGCCUUCAGUCUGAAGAAGGACACUUUGAAUGCAGUGUCUCUGGCUUGCGCUGGGUCUGUAAGGAAAAGGCCAGCUUUCAGUACCAGUUUGGUUCUUGGGAGGGACACAUGGAGAGGAUGGAAAGCAGAGGAUACAUGCCUGCAGGUCCCCUGAUGGACGUCACAGUCACUGCUGGGAAGUUAAAUGAAGUUCACCUGCCACACUGGAUCUGCACAGAUGACAUCCCUGACAUACUGGACAAGUUUGCAGUCCUUCACAUAGAUGACUGUGGAGAUGUUGUGGAGAAAGUGUCUGAGGUCACACCAUCACAUGUCAAGAUAAUGGAGCCAAAUUUCUCUCUAAUAGGAGCUCUGAUAAGUUUCUUCUUUCCUCCAAAAAUCAACUGUUUUAUGCUGAUGUACUAUAAACCCAACACAUCAUUCCUCAAACUCCACCUUUAUCCAAUGCGACAGGAUCCUGCUCUGGAACAGAGAAUAAACAAGGAUGAGACCUCAGAUGGAUACAAAAGGCUCAAAAAGCCACACCCAGACAGAUACCUGCAAACUGAACAUGCUUUCAGCCUCAGAGCCGACAUGGAAACAGCAGAAAUCCAACCAGAGGAGUUAACCUUCAGAUAUAACAGCCUGAACUUCUAUGAAGUGUACAUUAAGGAUCCAGAGGAAGAACUCAACCUUACCCUCGUAGACUCAAAUGAUGGUGAACCAGAGCAUGAACCAGUUUGGAAGUGCAAAAUUCAUACAAAUGAUUAUUCAGCAUCUGGCCGUGUUGAAGAGAAACACUCUGAGGAUGAACGUUGGCCUGCACUGAUCCACCAAUCAACAAGCCCGGGGAGCAGCAAAGGCAACCCAGGAGCUGGCACAGGUCGCAACGGUGAAAGCUCAGGAGCAAACCCGGGGAGCAGCGGUGUCAGCCCAGAUACCAGACCAGGGAGCAUCGGAGUCAGCCCAGGAGCCAGACCAGGGAGCGGCGGAGUCAGCCCAGGAGCCAGACCGGGAAGCAGCGAUGAUAAACCGGAAGCCGGCCCGGCGCAAACCGGCGAAAACCCAGAAGCAGGCCCGGGAAGCAGCGGCGCCAGCCCCGAAACAGGCCCGGGGAGCAGCGGCGCCAGCCCCGAAACAGGCCCGCGGAGCAGCGGCGCCAGCCCCGAAACAGGCCCGGGGAGCAGCGGCAAAAGACCAGGAACAGGCCCGGGGAGCAGCAAGGGAAGACCAGGAACAGGCCCGGGGAGCAGCGGCCGAAAUCCAGCAACAGGCCCAGGGAGCAGCGGCGGAAGACCAGAAACAGGCCCGGGGAGCAGCAGAGGAAACGGACGAGGCACAGGAACAGACCAAGGCAGUUUCGAUGGCAGCCCAAAUAGCAACGUUGGUAAUCCAAACAGCAGCGGCCGCGGGCCAGCUGGCUGUGGCCCCGGAUUUACUUCAAUGUCUCCAGCCAAAAGAAGUAUUAUUAAAACAUGA